GCCAGUACUUAUGAUUAUAUACAGCCUGACAUACGGUUGCUCACUUCAAUUGUCAAUAUUGGUGGGCGUCAACGUUGGGGAACGAAUUGAAAUCAACUUUAAGAGAUCAAGUGAUAACAUACUCACAUUACUCUUAGGUCAAUACUUUCUUUAUAUUACAGUAUUACACUACCCAAAAAAAAGUAUCUUCUCAACUUUCAAAAUAUAUCCCAGAUAUUAUGAUGAUACUAUACUAUAUAUACAUAAUAAAUCUACUGAAGCUCUAGAAUAAUACCGUAUAAAUUAUCUACUUCUUUCUACAUCGUUUAUUAUGUUCAUUAUCAUAUAAAAAAUCUCCUCAAAACUUGCGUAAUAUUAAUUUAUUUACGUAAUUGCUUGGCUAUGAAGUAUUAAGGCCAAAUUUAGUGCUUCUAAGUUUUACUUAUUACUUCCCACUUCACUCUUUCUUGAAAAUCUGGCAAUGGAGGGUGAGCACAAUGGGAAAUCUGGCUUUACACUGCCGGUGCCGGUGCCGGCGCCGGCAGUUGAGGAGCUAGAGGCCAACAACAAUCAGUUAUCCCUUAUAGAAGGAAACACUUCGCUUUUUAAGACUUUCUUCAAUGGUGCCAACACCAUCCUAGGAAAUGGAGUUAUACUAGUUCCCUAUGCAUUAGCUUCAGGAGGUUGGUUGAGCUUGAUUUUGCUUUUCACCAUAUCCAUUCUUGCUACUUACACGGGCCUUCUAGUAAAACGGUGCAUGGAGGUCGAUCCAAAAAUCAAAAGUUAUUCCGACAUAGGAGAACAUGCUUUUGGAAAAAUUGGUAAAAUUAUUGUAUCAAUAGUGCUAUAUGCAGAUCUUUAUAUGGCUACCACAGGUUUUCUAAUUUUAGAAGGAGACAAUCUACACAAUUUAUUUCCCAAAGUUGCAAUUCAUGCAUUUGGGAUAUCAAUUGAUGGAAAAUCAAGUUUUAUUAUUAUUAUCGCGCUAAUUCUUCUUCCUACAGUGUUGUUGGAUAAUUUAAGCAUUUUUGCAUACAUCUCAGCUACUGGUUGUUUAGCUGCUCUAUUGGUUCUUGCAUCAAUUGUAUGGGUGGGAGCAUUUGAUGGUGUUGGUUUCCACCAAGCUCAAAGUGCUACACUUCUCAACUGGAAAGGCCUACCAACUUCUAUCAGCUUAUAUAUGCUAUGUUAUACUUCACAUCCUGUUUUUCCUACCUUAUACACUUCCAUGCAAAAAAAACAUAACUUCUUUAAGGCAUUGUUGCUUUCUUUUGCCUUCUCCACAUUCAUAUAUGCUUCAAUGGCAAUCUUAGGGUACCUUAUGUUUGGUUCGACAGUCGAGUCACAAAUUACUUUGAACCUUCCAAGUCAUAAGGUGAGCUCGAAAAUUGCAAUAUAUACUACGGUGAUCACUCCUCUAGUGAAAUAUGCACUAUUGUUGAAACCUGUGGUUAUUACUACGGAAGGUUGGUUUUCAGGCAAGUACAUAAAGAAUAUGUUUGUCAGGGUUGUCAUUAGAGUGAUUUUGGUUGCUACACAAGUUAUUGUAGCGUUGGCGCUUCCAUUCUUUGGAUAUCUAAUGGCACUUGCUGGAGCAUUGCUAGGUGCUACAAGCUCACUUACAAUUCCAUGCUUGUGCUACUUGAAGAUUUCAAGCACUAAGGUUAACCAAAGAUUAGUUGAGCGUGUCUUAAUAUGGGGAAUUGUAUGCUCAAGUGUAUUGAUUUUAGUAUCUGGUACAUACACUUCUUUGGUGCAUAUAGUAGAGGAAAUCAUGCAUAAAUAGUUAAAAACUUCCUCUAAUUUUGUAGACCUUUUUAUGUAUGAUAUUGUUUCAAAUCACUUAGCUGAUAAGCAAUGGUUGUGUAUCAUUUCAUAUUAAUGUAGUGUUUUAUUUCCCUAAU